ACACAUCACGCACGCCUGUCUGGAUGGAAUGUGACGCCACAGCUCCGUGCGUGAAGUCUCGCGGAGUAAAACACCGGCCAUUUUUCUCCGUUUACAGCAGGACACUUUGUGCUUGGGCAGUGUAACCGAGAUCACUUUUAUAAGCCUCCAACUUUUGGCAAGUUUAAAUUUGUUAUCCAAGCAUCCAGACUUACGACAAACAGGACACAAACCAUGUCUGCAAAGUUUUUUCGCUGACAUCCCUGUCCGGAUAGAUGCUUGUCUAAACUGUCGCACAAAUGGAAAUGGUGCCUAGCGAGGAGAACCAGUUCGUACCCAAAGAGGGUGUGUUUUGGAGUUGCAGACAAAGUAUUUUUGAUGAGAUGAAGAGGAUUUCUCAGAUCCAAAAUGCAGCUGAGGAGCCCAGAGUGCUGUGCAUAAUCCAGGACAUCACCAGUGCAAAGACAGUCAAUGAGAGACUGACCCUGAACCUGCCUGCUUCCACCACUCUCUCCAAACUGUACGAAGAUGUUGCCCACAAAGCAGGAUAUGUAAAUGGCACCUUUGACCUUGCCUGGGGAAAUACACCGGAGAUGGCACCACUGGACCAUAACAGUGAGAUGUCCCUCUCAGAUUCUGGGUUUGAGCCUGGUGGUAAGAGGAAUUUCCUCCAGCUUACAGACAAAGAUGGAGAGCAGCCUCAGAUUGCGUCGGAUGAGUCAGGAACAGCAGACAGCAGUGGACUGGAUGACAGCUCCCAGGAGAGGUUUAUUGGGCCCCUACCAAGAGACGGCACUGCAGGCUGCAGUGGUGACUACAGCAGUCCAUCUUACUCCUACUCAUCCAUCCUCAGCAAAUCUGAGACAGGUUACGUGGGCUUGGUUAACCAAGCCAUGACCUGCUAUUUGAACAGUCUGCUACAAACACUUUUCAUGACCCCAGAGUUCAGAAACGCGCUCUACAACUGGGAGUUUGAGGAGUCAGAGGAGGAUCCAGUCACCAGUAUCCCCUACCAGCUACAGAGGCUGUUUGUCCUGCUGCAGACGAGUAAGAAGCGGGCGAUUGAGACCACUGAUGUGACGCGGAGUUUUGGCUGGGACAGCAGUGAGGCUUGGCAGCAGCAUGACAUCCAGGAGCUGUGCAGGGUCAUGUUUGAUGCCCUGGAGCAGAAGUGGAAGCAGACAGAGCAGGCUGACCUGAUCAACCAGCUGUACCAGGGGAAGCUGAAGGAUUAUGUCCGCUGUCUGGAGUGUGGCUAUGAGAGCUGGAGGAUUGAUACUUACCUGGACAUCCCUCUUGUGAUCAGACCCUUUGGAGCCAGCCAGGCGUAUGGCAGUGUGGAGGAGGCUUUGCAGGCUUUCAUCCAACCUGAAACUCUGGACGGGCCCAACCAGUACUUCUGUGAACGCUGCAAAAAGAAAUGUGAUGCCCGUAAGGGUCUGAGAUUUCUGCACUUUCCCUACCUGCUGACACUACAGCUGAAACGGUUUGAUUUUGACUACACCACUAUGCAUCGCAUCAAACUCAACGACCGCAUGACUUUCCCUGAGGAGCUUGACAUGAGUCCAUUCAUCGAUGUGGAAGAUGAGGUGCUGACGUCGUCAAAUGUUAAAUCCUCUACUGUGCUUCCUCCAGGAGCGUGUAACAGUCAGGUUACCUCCCUCUGGAAGUCGCCUCAGACAGAGAGCUGCACUGACAGUGGAGCGGAGAAUGAAGGCAGUUGCCACAGCGACCAGAUGAGCAAUGAUUUUUCCACUGAUGACUGUGUGGAUGAGGGCAUCUGCUUGGACAGCACCAGCAGCACAGAGAGGGUGCUGAAGCCAAAGAGUUUGCUGACCUUUGAGCUGUUUUCCGUCAUGGUCCAUUCUGGGAGCGCUGCAGGUGGCCACUACUACGCCUGCAUUAAAUCCUUCAGUGAUGGCCAGUGGUACAGUUUCAACGAUCAGCACGUUAGCAAGAUCACCCAGGAUGAUAUCAGGAAGACAUAUGGGGGGUCCUCAGGGAGCAGAGGCUAUUAUUCCAGUGCCUUUGCAAGCUCUACAAAUGCAUAUAUGCUGAUUUAUAGAUUGAAAGAUCCCUCAAGGAAUGCAAAGUAUUUAGCUGUGGACGACUUCCCAGAGCACAUAAAGAGUUUGGUUCAGAAGGAGAAAGAGUCUGAAGAGCAGGAGAAGAGACAGAGGGAGAUUGAGCGCAACACUUGCAAGAUCAAGCUGUUCUGCAUGCAUCCUGUGAAGAUGAUGUUGGAGAGCAAGCUGGAAGUGCACAAGGACAAAACUCUCAGAGAAGCAACAGAGAUGGCCUACAAGCUGAUGGAGCUGGAGGGAGUCGUCCCUCUGGACUGUUGUCGCUUGGUCAAGUAUGACGAGUUUCACGAAUACCUGGAGCGCUCGUACGAGGGCGAGGAGGACACACCGAUGGGUCUCCUGCUGGGAGGAGUCAAGUCCUCGUACAUGUUCGACUUGCUGCUAGAGACUCGCCGGCCAGAGCAGGUGUUCCAGCCUUACAAACCCGGAGAGGUGAUGGUGAAGGUUCAUGUUGUGGAUCUGAAGAGUGAGACCAUCGCCUCUCCGAUCAGCGUUCGGGCGUAUUUGAACCAGACGAUCACUGAAUUCAAACAGCUUAUUGCACAGGCUACAGGGCUAUCUGCAGAAACCAUGCGUGUCGUCCUGGAGCGUUGCUACAAUGACCUCCGGCUCCUUUAUGUUCCAAACAAGACACUGAAAGCUGAGGGAUUCUUCAGGAGCAACAAGGUUUUUGUGGAGAGCUCUGAGUCGACUGAUCAUCAGGUUGCUUUCACUGACUCACUCUUGUGGAAGCUGUUGGAUCGUCACGGGAAUACGAUCCGACUCUUGGUCUUACUGCCUGAGCAGUCUCCUGGUACCUUGGCCAACAGAACUCUUUGCCAAAAAGUGGGAGGUGACUCUGACGUGCCCUUCGAUGGGUCAAAGGGUAACAGGAAGUCUGUGGAGGCCAUCCUGGAGGAGAGCACAGAGAAGUUAAAGAACCUGUCUCUGCAGCAGCAGCAGCAGGGCUCCAGCACCAGCGACAGCCAGAAAAGCUCCGACGCCAGCGACUUCGAGCAUAUUGAAUCCCCAACCCAAGAGGCCGACUCAAACUCUUCGCUCUGCGUGGCCGCAGACAACAGAGAGCUGGAGAACCGGAUCAGGGCCACGGCUGGGAGCAGCGGCGGGGCCUCCUCUGACCCCGAGAACCACUUUGCCUGUGAGGAGCGCUCGGACUCUGAGGUGAACAACGACCGCAGCACCAGCUCAGUGGACAGCGACAUCCUCAGCUCCAGCCACAGCAGCGACACGCUGUGUAACGCAGACAGCGGCCCGAUACAGCUGGCCAACGGUCUGGACUCACACAGCAUCACGAGCAGCCGACGCUCCAAAGCCCACGAGGGCAAAAAAGAGACCUGGGACACUGCUGAAGAAGACUCUGGGACAGAUAGCGAGUAUGACGACAACGGGAAGAGCAAGGCAGAGGCUCAGUACCUGUACUUCAGAGCAGAACCUUGUUCUCAGGAUGACUCCUCGUGGGAUGCACAAAAAUGUCUAGUAGUUCAUGUGGACAAGAGAAUAACAUUAGCAGCGUUUAAACAGAACCUGGAGCCGUACGUAGGAGUGACCUCGACGCAGUUCAAGGUGUUUCGUGUCUACGCCAACAACCAGGAGUUUGAGAGUGUGCGGCUCAACGAAACACUCUCAUCGUUCUCUGACGACAACAAGAUAACCAUUCGACUUGGAAGAGCACUGAAAAAGGGUGAAUACAGAGUGAAAGUGUAUCAGCUACUAGUGAAUGAACCUGAGCCCUGCAAGUUCCUUGUGGACACGGUGUUUGCCAAGGGCAUGACUGUCAGACAGUCCAAAGAGGAGCUGCUUCCUCAGUUAAAAGAGCAGUGCAAGCUUGACCUCAGCAUUGACAGGGUUCGUCUCAGGAAAAAGACAUGGAAGAACCCAGGCACAGUGUUUCUGGAUUACCACGUCUACGAGGAAGACAUCAGCAUCUCCUCCAACUGGGAGGUUUUCCUGGAAGUCCUUAAUGAACCAGAGAAGAUGAAGUCCAUGUCGCAGCUGGCUGUCCUGACCCGGAGGUGGAGCCCGGCUACGAUGAAGCUGGGACCUUUUCAGGAAGUGAUUCUGGAGAGCAGCAGUGUAGAAGAACUGAAGGAGAAGCUCAGUGAAAUGAGUGGUAUUCCUCUUGAAAACCUGGAGUUUGCAAAGGGCAGAGGAACGUUUCCCUGUGAUAUUUCCGUGUUGGAGAUCCAUCAGGAUCUGGACUGGAACCCUAAGGUGUCAACUCUGAAUGUGUGGCCUCUGUACAUCUGUGAUGAUGGAGCUGUGGUCUUCUACAGGGACAGCACAGAGGAGCCCAUGGAGCUGUCUGAGGACGAGCGCAACGAGCUGAUGAAGAAGGAGAGCAGCCGUCUGCUCAAGACCGGACACCGCGUCAGCUACUCACCGCGCAAGGAGAAGGCCCUGAAGAUCUACCUGGACGGAGGCCCUGCCAAGGACCCGGGGCAGGACUGAGGCACGGAGAACCGCUCCUGGUCGCGUGGAUCACCUGGCUGCCGCAGCGUAGGCGGCCAGGCUCCGGGUCUCAGUCUCGGUGUCGGGCCUGAUAAGUGACUUGAACAUCAAGCAGCGGUGUGAGACGUGCUCUCACGCUCCACUCUGAGCCCCCGGGACUGGCUCAGAAACCCAAUUGUGCACUAUAGUGUAUUGUACUGUAAAGUUUAAAGGGAAGUACAAAAGCUAUUCGAUACAGAAAAGAAUCAAAUACUGUAUAGACAAAUCAAGUGAUGGUAAAAGCUGCAGAGAUGUUAGGACUGUGAAACUGGGCUGGAAGGCGUCCAUCCUGUCUAUUUAAGUCUCCGUCUCCUGCAUCAGUCUCCUUCACUCUCCUCCCUGUCACUGCGUGUUGCUCUUCCUGUUUUUGGACAUGACGUUGAUUCUGAUUCAUCUGUGACCAUCUUGUGAGUCCACAUGCUCUCACUGUUGUGAGCUCGGCUCAUUCUUCUCUUACAUCGCUCACCUUCCUUUAACAGAACAUACCACCGAGAACUACUUAACCCAGCCUUCCCCAGUCGAGGUGAACCUCACUCUCUCACUGACUCUGACAAACUGAGGCAUCGUUCCUUCACAAGAUUUGAAGAAUCAAGAAAAAAGAAAAAAGCAACAAUUAGGGUUUUGUAUACUGGAGGUUGUUUCUCCUCUGAUGCUCCUAUAAUGGCAGAGUAAUGUGUUGUUAUGGGUCGUCCUUACUGCUGCUCUUUGUGCUUUAUAGGAGCUUUGCCUCUGUUACAUCACUUCCACUAGGUUUAGUGAGACAUAGGCUUAUUGGUCCUGAAAUACAAAAGUACAAUGAAACAAAACCAAGUAGACUAUGUUAAGAAUCUCCUUGUUUUGUUUUUGUUUGUUGUAAAUUAUUCUUUUGCUCCAGACUUGAUGAUUGGAUUAGGUCUCACCAGGCACACAUCUGUUGUCUGUAUUAACCUUUAAUUUAGAGAGUGGAUUUCAUUGUCUGUUUUCUGCACCAUGUGAACUGGGUGUACAUCUCUAGUGUCAUCCGCAUGUGUGUGUGUGUGUGUGUGAGAGUGAGUGUGGUGUUGUACUGAGGGGGAGGGAGCUCUCUGGGUUUUUGGCAGAGAGCGUGAGGCUGUUUUUGGCGCUUCUACCUGCUGCUGCUGCUGCUUGAUAGACUGACACCAGAGGGUGUAGAAAGCCCGCUGGACUCUCAGUCUGCCCGGGCAACUGCUCUGAGGACUGAAGCUCAGCAUCCCGGUCCGCCUGGGCUCCUGAUGCUGUCACCAGCUAUCCACUGUAGAAAUGCCAAUAUCUAAAGAAAAUCUUUUUGUUUUUUUUCGUUGUUGUUGUUGUCGUUGAUGUUUAUUUCUUUGAGAUUUAAAUCCUGUGUGAAAAUAGUUUAAGAUGAUUUUAGAAAUUAAUUAAAAAGCUUUUUUUCAUAAGA